AUGCUUUUUAUAAAUUUCAAGCAUUUUAAACACUGGAUUUAUAAAAUUGAGUUCUUGCUCAAUAAAUUUAAAUAUCCAAAACAAAUAUUAAUGAAUAAAUUAAUUGACAUAAAAAAAUAUGAACAACAAGCUGUCUCUUUGGCUGUUAAAUUAAUUAAUGACGGUAGCGUUGUUGCACUUCCAACUGAUACUGUUUAUGGUCUAGCAGCUGAUGCACAAAAUUCAAGUGCUAUAGGCAAACUAUACAAUAUCAAAGGACGUAAUCUUCAAAAACCAAUAGCUAUAUGUACUCACCAUGUAAAUGAUAUUGGCAAUUGGGGUGAAAUUGGUCACUUGCCUUUUGGUCUUUUAGAUUCACUAUUACCUGGGCCUGUAACAGUUGUAUUACAAAGAACACCAUUUUUAAAUUUUGCAUUAAAUCCUGAGGAAUCAAAUAUUGCAAUACGAGUACCAAACAGUGGUUUUGUUUGUAAUAUUGUAAGUAAUCUGAAGAAACCAAUUGCUUUAACGAGCGCUAAUGAGAGUAACAAACCUAGUACAUUAAAACCAAUAGAAUUUUUAGGUUUGUGGCCUAAAUUAGAUGCCAUAUUUGAUGGUGGUACUAUUGGUUCCUCAUUAGAAUCACGCCAAGGUUCUACUAUAAUUGACUUAACAAUCAAUAAUCAUUUUAGAGUAAUAAGAACAGGAUCUGCACUUUUAAAUACAUUACAGAAAUUGCAUAAAUUUGGUUUAAAGGAAUUAUAAUGAAUAAAUUUUUAAGA